AUGUGCAAACGUCUGGAAUGUAUGCAACAUUUAUGGAAGACCGAUCCAGCAAACGCGGGCAGCAGCAACGAACAAUUUUGGAGAGUGGAUGAUGGCGAUGUGGCGAAGCUGUGGACAGACUUGUCCACAGCAAUGAUGCAAGAAAAUGGCAAAGCUGCAACCGGAGAAUGUGAACAAUUGGGAACUCCAUCUGAACAGACGGCAUGCAAAUUUUUGCAUGCCGGCUUCACCAAACUGUACGAUGCGACGGCGACGCAGUCGCCGUCGUCCUCAGUUUUAAACAACCCAUCGUUUAGACAAACGAUGGGUUGUUUUUUACUUCAUGCUUAUGCAAAACACAUGAAAGAAAAAGCAACUUGUCUCAUUGAUGAAGGUAUACAGAAAGCAUUUAAGACAUGGGAGAAACCAGGGGAUAAUGGUGCAACUUCCUGCAAUGGUGCUAAUGAAAAAUGUAUUCCAUGCAAAUGGGAAGAAAGUCAAUUUGGCGAAUGCCAAAUUGACAUAAAUGGAAAGGGCGAAAUGAAAAGUGCAAAGGAGAAAGUAGAUGAAGUACUGAGUAAAGACCCCACCAAAAUAGAAGACAUGGCAAAGAAAAUAAAUAAAGUAGAUAAACUCUGUGACCAAGUCCAAUGUGUAACAACCCGAUGGUUGAAAGAAACUGACGGCGGUAAGAACCGCGACUGGACUCAAGUGUGGGAGAAAGUCAAGGAGCAAAUCACCGAACUUGGAAACGGCAUAACUUCGAAGAAGGGGGAUGUCACCAACCAGUGCAAUAUAGAGGAUAAGAAUGGAAAGGAUGCUUGCAUCCUUAUAGCAGCAGGAUUAAAAAACCUCUAUGACAUCAACGGCAACAAUCCCGUCCAUGCAUCGUUCCUAAGAACGAUGCAAUGUGUUUUAUUAAAUGCCAUUGCAGAUAAACUACAAGACGAAAAAUUUCCAUGUAAGGAUGAAAAGAAUGUACAGAAGGGGAUAAAUCAUGCUUUUGAGAAGAGUAAUAGUGCUAUUAAGGGUAAAAGCGCUUGCAGUAGUAAUGAUAAAUGUUUUGAGUGUAAGAGAGUACCCUUAACGGAGCUGGCCACUUGCGAAAUUGGCGAGAAGGAUGGAAAAAAAUUAAAGGAGAAGAUAGAAGAAGAUUUGCUUAAGGAAGACGAAAACACAGAAAUGAAGAAAAUUAAGGACCAAGCUAUAAAGGACAUAUGUAAACCGUGCACCAGGGAUAAGGGGGAGACAUUAUGUGAACAGCUUACAUGUAUUAAGGGAAAGUGGGAGAAAAACAGGUUGUAUGGUGUCGGAACAGCGAACUGGGAUAAUAUGAAGGGUGACUUUGGAGCAGAGCUAAAAGAACUGCUGACAGACAUGAGGACCAAGCAGAGGGAAGUUGCCACCCAUUGCAACAACACAACUUGGGGGACUGACGCACAUGGCGAAGCUAAUAAAACGGCAUGUUUAGUCACUGCAGCCGGACUACAUCACAUAUCGAAUAUUCAGCAUACAUUUGUACGGAGUGGACCUACGGAAAAUAAGAACCCCUAUGAUAACCAAGAGUUUAGGCAGUUUGCUUCUUGUUUAAUGCUAAACGCUAUUGUAAGAGAAAUGGAAGAACAGAGCCCUAUUUGCAACAUACAACCUGGCAUAAAGAAGGCAUUCGAUUCCGUGAAAGACAUUAUAGGGGACUGUGAAAAUGGUCGUCCAUGCAUUGAAUGCAAAUUGGAGUACUAUGACCAACUCAAUGAUUGCAAGGUACGCAACAAUGCUAAUGACACAAUGAAGCCUAAAUUGAAUUCAUUACUGAAGGAUAAUAGUUAUAAGUCCACAGUUGACACAACCUUGGAACCAAUAACUAAAGCGGACGGAAACAAUAGUUCUUCUCUAUGUCCAAGAUUACAGUGCUUAGCCUCAAAAGUUGAAGCACUUAAGGGAACAAACAACAAUGCGACGCAAUUUUGGGAGAGUGGCGGCGAAGUACAAAAACUAUGGGAACAACUAUCCAGCGCCAUAACAACAAAUGGGGGCAAGAACAAUGAACAUAAAUGUAAUCAAAUGGAAGAUAGCACCAACGGUCCGAGGGAUGCCACUGGCCCCGAAAAGAAGGCAUGCAAUUAUUUGCAUGCCGGAUUAACUGAACUGUACAAACCGACGACGACGACGGCGUCGUCGUCUACGACGACGUCGUCGACAGGAAACAUCAGCCUGAAUGACAACCCACUGUUAAGACAAACAGUGGGUUGUUUAUUACUUAAUGCUUAUGCAAAGAAAAUGAAAAGCGAAGCGAAAUGUUUAGUGGAAUCAGGAAUUAAAAAAGCUUUCGCCACUGAUGUUAAAGAUUUAAAUGGACAAUGCACGAACAAUGGUUCGUGCAUUCAAUGUAAAUGGGAUGAGGACAUUUUUAAGAGUUGCGAUAUUACCACUAAUAACAGCACCAAGGAGAAGGUAAAUCAGAAAUUAACGUCAGUACAGCCCAAAAUUGACGACACCUCAUCUACCACCAAGAAGAACAUAAACCUAACACCAUCUUUAUGUGACCAACUCCAAUGUGCUGCCCCCAAAUGGUUCCAAAACGAAAUGAACGGUACUAGUGGCAGUGGUGCCGCCAGCACUAGUAGUGGUACGAAGAAGACUUGGUGUGACUUUUGGGAUAAGACUGUUAAGAAAACAUUGGAGGAGAUGUUCAAAGAAAUGGAGUCGGAUGGAAAGAGCACAUCAAAGACCAACACUAAUAUCGCAACAUGCCAAAGAUUUGGGGAUCGUAAUGCUGAUAGUGUCGAAAGAAAAGCUUGUAAUCAUAUCGCGGCGGGCUUAAAAUACAUUAAGAACAUUAAGCCCACUGGUAGUGGUGUUAGUGGUGUUAGUGCUGUUAGUGGUGUUAGUGCUGUUAGUGGUGUUAGUACUACCCCUCCGUCAAAAGAACAAGACAAGCAACUGCUCGAUAGAGCAGUUGGUUGUUUUGCUCUUAACAUGUAUGCUGAUGAAAUAAUUAAAUUGACGAAGGAAAAUUGUCCCAUCCAUGAGGAAAGAAUAACACAAAUGUUCACUGAAUGGAAUAAAAUUAAUAAUCCUUCGUGUUUGAACUCUCGUGGUAGUAAAAAUAAUUGUUUUCUCUGUGAAAGGGUUCAAAACUCUCACUUUAGUAGUUGCAAUCUAAGUGUUUCCAACACUUUGAUUAAUACAACAUCACCAAAUGCAAGUUGCCCUUCUAAUAACACCGAUAGAAAAAAUGUCAAAACUGAAUUAAACAAAUUCCUCAACAUCGAAGACAAAGACCAAACCCAUUCCAUCUCCGAAGUGAAGGAAACAUUAUCCACCAUAAAUGACAUGAGUAAGUCUUUCUGUAGUAGAAUGCAAUGCGCAGCAAAACAGUAUUACGUAAAACAGAACCCUGGUGAAAAUAGUAGCAAAGUGAAGUGGAGUGACAUCGAAGGUGAAGUUCAGACUGAAGUAAGGAACCUCCUUGACAAUAUAACGAAGUUCGAUAUGAAAGAUACUUCUUUUGACCAAUACUGCACGAACGACAUUGGUCCUUCAUGGUCAGAGGACACUGGCGGAGAAAAAACUGCAAAGCAAAAAGCUUGUAAGCUUUUUGCUUCAGGUUUAAAACACAUUUCUCAAAUUACUGACGACAACAACAAGGAUGAUGGACCACUUAGACGAACUAUGAUGUGCGCAGCACUUAAUCUUUAUGCUGAUCAAUUAAUAGACAAAUCAACUGAACAAUGUCCUCUCGAUGGAACUAAAUUGGAUCAGGCAAUCAAGCACGCUUUUGAUAAUAAUAAUGCCACUAUUAAGAAGGGAAAAUCUUCAUGCUCAACUUCUAAUUCUUGCUUUGAAUGCAAAAGAGAAAGCACUUUUCACGAUUGCCAAAUUGGCAACAAUUCCAAAGACAAAGUAAAGGACAAUAUGGACAAGCUCCUCCUCGAGCAAGAUAAAACCAACACCAACAACAUGGUCAAAACACUAGACAAAAUAAACAGUAAAGACACUUUUUGUACUCAAGUCCAAUGUGCAAUCAAACAAAAACUAAGGAAAAAUAAUAAACUUCAAAAUGGAAACCCCACGUGGGAUGCCUUGGAGGAAGACAUCAAUAAAGAAUUAGCGCAUCUCCUAAAAAAUAUGACGGAGGGUCAGACUGAAUCGGACGUUGUCAACCUCUGCAAAGACAACGACAAAUGGAAUAAUAAGGGCCAUAAAGAGAGGAAAACAAAUAAAGCAGCUUGUUUGCUUUUUGCUGCAGGAUUAAAGCACAUUUAUGGCCGCGGUAAGGGCCAGGUUAAUGGCUCUGUUAAGGGCCCAUCGUUUGAACAAACGAUGGGUUGUUUAUUUCUUAAGGAAUAUACAAAACAAUUAAAAGAAAUGGCAAAAGUGAAGAAACAAGGAAAUAGUUGGGUACAUCCUCUUUGUGACAUAGAUGAGGGCAUAAAUCACGCUUUUGAACAAAGUGAAGACAUUAUGAAGAAUGUAUUAUCUGAAUGUAACAAGGGUCCUAAUGGUAUUUCUUGUUUUGAAUGCAAGUUGACGGAGGACUAUGACAAUUGCCCCAUUGGCCAAGAAAAUGUAAAUACGAAAGUGGAACCACUGCUCAAAGGGAAGAGCGACUUAAUGGAAAAAACUUUAGAGAAUACAGUCUGUCCCAUCCUUCUUACGGAUCUCCUUACCCCUUUUCUUCCUUUGGCUCCUGUCUCUAUUGGCCUUUCUGCUAUGGCUUAUUACCUUUGGAAGUAUUUUGGUCCUCUUGGUAAAGGAGGACAACGUUUUAGAAGAUCUCCUGCUGAAAUUCGUGGUCCAUCAGUACAGGAACAAGUCCUCGAUCAUGUGCAGCAAGAUACUUCACAUGAAUAUCAAUUGGUGAAGGAACGAAAACCCCGUUCUGUUCCAACAAGAACGAAACGUUCUGGUCGCGUGAAUCGUCGCACGAUUAUUGAAAUUCAUUUUGAAGUGUUGGAUGAAUGUCAAAAAGGGGACACACAAUUCAACCAGAAGGAUUUUCUGGAACUUUUGGUUCAAGAAUUCAUGGGAUCCGAAUUAAUGGAAGUAGAACAGGUUCCUAAGGAAGAAGUUCUUAUGGAACGUGUUCCUAUUGAAGAGGUUCCAAGUUUAGGUUCCGUGUUUAUGGUUUAG